AUGGCUGGUCGUCGUGCCCUGUUGCAUCUGACCCAAGGCCUUUUAGAGGUCCUACAAGAAGAUGAGCACCAAAGCCAGGUGCGGGCUGCUGCUGCGGCUGCUCCAUGGCACCCUGGUAUGCCGAUGUUGCCUCCACAGAUGCACAUGAUGUCGCAAUGGCAGGCAAGGCCACCUCGCAUGAUCGCGGGGAUGCCGCCCGGCAUGCAGCUGAUGGGUCCUCCAGCUGCUGCUGCUACUAUGAUGGGUCCCUCUAUGAUGGGCCCCCCAGGGUUCCGCCCUGGUCCAAUUCCGGCAAUGCCAGUGCGGCCUAUGACUGUGACGCCAAUAGUGGAGGAGCCUGAUGAGGAUGUCGCAGUUCCUCCUGCUGGGACAGCUCGACCUGCUGCCGAUGACGAGAUGGAGGAGAUUCCUCUGGAAGAGGAGCCGCCCCCACGUUCCACUCGCCGUCCAGUGAGCCCUGUAGCAGGGCCAAAAAAUCGACCUGAAGGGGCUAGGACCAUGCCUGUUGCACCGAGGUAUGCGAGGAAGAGCAGCUCUCCAGCCACUCCAGGUCCUUCCUUGUCCUCGACCGGACAUGAUGAUGCUCCUGGCCCCACUCCAGCUGCUUCCUUGUCCUCCCUUCCUGGCGCCUGGCCCAAGUCGGUGAUGACCGUGGCUCCUGAUCCACGCCGCGAAGGAGCCAGUCCUUCUGCUGCGAGCGUUGGUUUGCAGAGCACUACCCGAAUGAAGUGCGACCAAAACCUCCUCCCCGUGACAGCCCGCCUGGUGGCGAUGACGAUGACACCCAUGGCGGAGGUGGCGGAGCUGCUGGAGCUUCUGCAACUGCAGCAACGUGAGAGAGCCACGGAGGCUGCCUUGGUGGAGCCGAAGCCUGAGCAGGAGGAUUCUUUCGUGGAUGCAAAAGCUGAAGAAAUGAGCACAGUGGAGGAGAAACUUGAGAGCCCCGUCUUCGACUCUUUUGAAGACUCUGAGGUCAAGCUUGCGCCUUCAAGUCGCAUGGGAGAAGUGAUGCAGCCCUGCGAGGGGAUCACUGACAGGGAAACCCUACAGCAACGUGUGCUGACAGCUUUCGAUGUCCUUUGCGAUGAAUGUGGAGGCCCUUCCCAAUGGCUGGCUGAGAGAUUUAAACAUUCAGAAGCUGACUUCCGUGCUUCUUUGUCAUCCGUGUUCCCUUGGAUGGCUUCAAUUGAUUAUGUUCAGCCUGCUGUCUUGGGAAAGAAGGAUAAAGGUUUCGUCCAUGUGUCUACGCUCUCCUUCAGCCCAGAUCGCAGCACCAAAGGGUUUCCGUACCGCUGCACAUGUCGACACAUCCUGGAAGAGAUUUUGGUGCAUGGGUUCUUGACAGAAGCUGAACCAUUGCUUCUAUGGUGCAGCCCAGAAGACCGUGUGCUUUCGCAAGUUGACUUCCGCUGCCGCUAUGUGAAAGGCUGUGCGCGAUGUGUGUCUUUGCUUUCACUGCUGGCGCUCUUCCGGGACCUGGCCGUGGACGUCAUGGUGCACUUCCCCCACAUAUAUCGGUCUGUCCAGCUGAUCCAUGUCAUGUUCCAAGCCCAUGCCAGCCUGACUUCUGUGGCGAUAGCCAAUGCGCACUUGAGUUGCUCCGGGUCAAUCCGCCAGGCUCAUGAUGUGAUGACCUGGGUGAACAAACUGCGUCUUCUGGAAGGUGGGAGUGACAGGCCUGCAGCAAUCCUGGAGAAGUUCAACAGCAAUGCAAGCGCUAGAGGCAAGGUGACUGGCAACUGCCGUGUGGCAGCACUGGCUCUUUUGCAGCCAAAUUGCAAGCGGGGAUGUGAGAUGAUGGUGGAUUUGCUUUCCAGGAUAGGUCCCCGUGCCGUGUGGUGGGGAGAAGAUAGCUUCUGCAAUAAGAAGCUGCUGCCGAACUUUGCACCGCGGACUGGCAGGAGUUCUUGGAACCCAAUUCUUGCUGUAACAGCGGAGUCCUUUGAAACUUGGAUUGCAAGCCUCAACAGACAGCACCUGGCCAAGAACCCGAAGUCGAGGCGAAGUUUGGAAAAAUCGAGGUUGGAGGAGCACUCGCAGCUUUCUGCAUUCUGGACAUGGGCGAAGACAGAAGCCCAACAUCAUGCUGUAGAUCCUGAAGACCUGGCAGCUGUGCAUGAGAAAUUUCUUGACGGAGAUGUGACGCUGUCGCUAGAUCUCCAAAGCCUGCUGCAUGAGAAGAAAUCUGACAUUUGCUGGAAGGAUGUGACGAUUCUGCGAGAAUUCCACCAGAAAAAGCAGUCCUGCACAGAUCUGGCGCUGCUGGGCCAUGCAAAGACCGAGAUCGAGGCCAGCAAGUUUGAGAAGAUGGAGUGGGAGCUUGUCCAUCAGAAGAUCAAAGGCGACAUCCAGGCAGUGUCGGUCUUUAGAUCGAAGCUUGCUUGUCAUGAGAGCCUCUUGUACCAUGCUCGGGUUGAGCACCUUCGGAAGCGACGCAUCAGUGCCAAGGAAGCCACGGCGACGCUUUUCACUGGACCAGCCUCUCAGUUCAAGUUUGUCUCUGCAGUCGAAGAUGUGGUGGCUACUUUGGGGCAGCUGAGCCGUGAGUAUCGCCUCAGCCAACCGCUGCUGGUUCUGCUGAUUGUCAACUGGGCUGCUCCAUCUGUUGUGCGGGAGGAGCAAAUGUCAAUGCAGCUGCAGGCUAUGACCAACCUCUUUGCUGCAGACUCCGUAGACACCAUGGGCAUCAUUUUGAUGCCAAUUUGGGAACGCGCGAAAGGAUCUCUUUACAAGACCGAGAACUUGCUGCUCAAAUCUUUGAGCGAGAAAGACAUCAACACCGAUGAGAAAGCCUCCUUGAGUUUCGAGGACAGAGCAGAUCCCAGAGACAGACGUCCCCUUGAGUAUCCACUGCGGCUGGCCUUUCCUUUGCGUAGUGGACCAAAAAAUGUGACGCAAAGCAUCUGGAUGAGAUCAGCUCUGUAUGUCAACAACAGAACCAGCAGCAGGGCGCAGAUGUUGCAAGUCAAGGACAUGCGAGUGCCGGAGACUGAAGAUGACUUGCCAAGCUCUGAUUUGCAGGACCGUCUGAAUCCUGCAGACAAGUAUUGUCAAAUCGGAGAAUCUGCAGCUGCGGCGUUGAUUUCCUCUACAUUUGCAACUCUACCUUCUGGCCAUGCCUGUGUGGCAAUUGUUGAUCUCAGCCCAAAGACAGGUGACGUGGCGCGAGCCGUGCUCAGAAUGCCUGCUGCAUCCACUGCAUUGCAUUACAUUGCUUUGGCGCCGGAGUUGCAAAUGGAAUGGGCACGCACUGAUUUGCACGACUUGGCCGUUGAUCUGUUUUUGUCCCGGACCUUGAAGGUGAAGGACUUUGAGCCGCUGCCCGAAACUCUGCCUGCAGAUCAACAGCCUGAAAUUUUGGCGCCAGCCCUCAAUGUGGGAACCGUGGAUGGCCUGAACCUCCAGCUGCCGCAGAGCUUGGCUGCAAAGUGGGGCUCCAGCUCCUUCAAGGAUGACUGGGAAGCACUUCUUGAAGAAAUGAACGCAGUCAUCCCUGUGAAGGACAAUGUUGACCGGCCGAGCAAGCGCUUGCGCACCAGCAAUGCCGUGGACCCCGUGGAGAACCCUGCUGCUGCGACCAAGUUUGAGUUCAUUCAUGUGGCCGAGCUCGACAUGACAAAGCUGCUGAUUCAAGCGAGUUGCAGCAACAAGCUGAAAGGCCUGACUUUCCAGCUGUUUCCCAGCAACCGCUUGAUGCUUGUGAACACUACUCCCGCUCCUAUUCCCGUGGUUGGGUCUUUGACGUCAUGGCAGAAGGGAAAAUGGUGGCAGCCGAAGGAAACAACUGAAAUGUGGGAUCCAGCUGUGGAUAUCAUGUGGAAGUUUGAGGGAAGCUCUGAGAUUGUCUUUAUGGACAACCAAGCGCAAAGUCUCUUCCAAGUCAUCGACGCCAUGAAACGAUCCAAGCCAGAGCAAGCAAUGGUCAGGUACCACAGCCUUACCGAACAUCCUCAGGGGCAGCAUGGGCCUGGCGACUUCACCGUCGAGGUGAAGCACCGAGUUGCAUGGCGGGCAGAGAAGAUGACAGUUGAAGGAGGUGGAAAGGCCAACUACUUGAUCAUCGCUGGGCUUUUCCCUGCCGACUGCUGGGACUUGAGCAAGGUGCAGAUUGUCUGGUCCACACGAUUUGCAAAACAAGGCCUCACAGGAAUCAAGCCAAGUGUCUGGCUGAAGGGCAGCUGCAUCAUUCCUCCACAAAGCGCGCUGCAGCUGACUAAUGACGCUGUAAGCUCCUUUUUGCAGGAUGCCUUUUGGCUCCUUUGUGCAGGUAUGGACUGGCCUAAUGGCGUGCCUGAUCUCGACGAGUACUUGUACCAGAUGGAAAGCCCCUUUUGUGGCACUAAGCCCUGGGUAGCCCUCGGCGAUCGCACAUCGGAUGUGCGCAUGGAGAGUCUGCUGAGAUGGAUAGCCAACUACGAAAUUCAUGUCGUGGGUGACAGAGAUGUCAUUUGCUUUGAAGAGCUGGUUUUUCAAGUGCGAGAAUAUUCUAUAAGCCAAAGCGGGCCGUGGAUGACAGAGGUUGAACUCUGGGGCGUUUGGGAGCAAGAGCAGAUGUGCGUCAGGUUCAAGCUGACAAAGGAUCACUUUGGCACCGACUCGGCUGAACAAUGA